AUGGAUCGACCGAAUAUUAUCAUUUGUGGUACACCUGGAGUUGGUAAAUCCCGUUUAUGUCAAGAUUUGUGCCAAAAAUGUCCAGAAUUGCGAUAUGUAAACAUCAAUGAAGUAGCUCAACAAAAAAAUUACUUUAUUGAAUAUGAUGAUGAUAAUGAAUGUCAGAUAUUAGAUGAUGAACGUGUACAAGAUUUUCUAGAAGAAAAAUAUUUUCGACUAAAACCAUCUGGACUAGUUAUUGAUUAUCAUAGUGCAGGAAUCAUACCGGAUGAUGGUCAAAUUCAAGGUGUUUUUGUAUUACGUACAGAUAAUGAUAUUUUACAUCAACGUUUAGAACAACGAAAUUAUUCAGCAAAGAAAAUCGAUCAAAACAUACAAUCAGAGAUAUUUCAAGUUUGUUUAGAUGAAGCAUACGAAUCAUUUGAAGAAGAUAUUGUACGUCAAUUGCGAAAUAAUGAUGAAAAUGAUUAUCAAAGAAAUCUUGAUUACCUCGUUAAAUGGGCUCAAAAUUGGCCAUGUAUAAACAUGGAUGAUCAAGAACAACUAUCAUUGCCAAAUAGUACAGGAGGAUUUGAUGCAACUAUAAAAAGUAGUCCAAAGUUAUCAAAUACCAAUAAAGCAUAG